AAGCCACACAGUGCCCCUCCCCAACCAAGCCUAACCCCCAAACCAAGACUGCAAAAGUGACACAGGUAUUUUUAUCUCAAAUGUCCCGACGUUCUCAUCCAAGGGUAGUCUGUGUCCACGUGGCUCCGUGUGUAUGAACAUUCGGUGGGGGGGGGGGGGACUUACAGGUUUAAAAAUCUGCAGGAACUAAUGUCUACUUAACUUGGCUUACAACACAUGGGUUUCACCCGGUAUCAGCCAGUGGAUUCCAAUAACAACCCCCUCAAUGUCUUUCUCCAAUGUGCAAUCUUUUAUGUUAUGCUGUAUUAAGAUUUCUUUUUUGUGUCACAUUGUUUAGCUCAGGAAAGAAAAAAAAAAAGAAAACAAAGCAAUUAAAAAGAUUGACAGGUAUGGUCUGUGAGAGACCUAUUUGUAAUUGUCAGGGUGACGUUGGCGAGAGGAGGAGGAGUAAAAACUGAAGCAGGAAAAGCAGCUCGAUGUGUCUGUCUAUCAGUUGAGACUGUCUGAAAGCUCUGCGAUCCGAAUGUGUGUUAUAUUUCACUGAAAAGAGAAGAGAGCGAGAGUGCAUCUCCCUCUCUCCCAGGAGUUUGGGGGGGACAGUCCACGCUCAUCUCGCCCACCCAGUGAAUGUCCGCUCUUCGCCCUUCCGCACACACUCUCCGGGUUGUUGUUGGCUUCUUUUUUUUUUUUUUUUUUGGAGGGGGGUGCUUUUUGUGUAUUUUUCAAAUUUUUUCUGUUGGAAGAUCAAGACCGGCCAAAAAUCCAUGAUCAAAAUGUGUUUGCAUUAGAUUUCGCAAAGGAAGAGACGGCGAUCCUGGUGGCAAAGCCCCGCGGGGGGCGCGGGGCAGCAAGUGGCGCUCCGGCGGGGUGACACUGUUUGAUGUGUGACUGUUUGGAAGGUGGAGCAGCGCCUGACAUCUCCCCCCGGCGCAUGUAUGUACGGGGGCUUCACUCCUCUGUCUUGUUUGCUUUCUUCCUCUUAGACUAAGUGCGGGAGGAAAAGGACAGCCGGGAUCGGCCUCGCUGGCGCACAAUGAGAAAGCUGAGACCCGCGUACUAAAACCGCCCGCCGCGACCCCCGAGCAGCGAGGAGCGAGGGGGAGAGAAAGUUGCGCUCGGAGACUCUCGGCUCGCGGAGGAAGGCGCAGGGGAGCGCCCGGAGCGGCGCCCGAGGAGCGCCCGCCACAGCAGCGCGGCGGCGGGAGGCGGCAGCAUGGAGCGCGGGCCGCGGGCCGGCCCUCCGAGCGCCCGCCGCUGCGCCCGCGGCCCGCGCCGGGGAUGACUCCGGGCUCGGCGCCCAGGCCCCGCGCGCUCCGCCCGCAGCCCGGCGGCCGGGACGCGGCCCGCGCGGCCGCCGCCGCCGCCUCCUGAGCGGCCCCGGGCGCGGCCGUCCAUGCGAGCGGCGCCCCGCGAUCCGCGGCGCGCCCGGAGCCCGGAGCCCGGAGCCCGCGGGGACGAGGCCAAAGUUGGGCGCGCCGCGGAGUUGCGCCCGCGCCCGGGGCCCCGGACCCCGCGCCCCGCGAACUCGGGCGGCGGCUGAGGCGACGGCUGCGGCGGCCCGAGCAGCAUGCCGAGGAGGAAGCAGCAGGCCCCCCGGCGCUCGGCAGCUUAUGUUCCUGAGGAAGAACUGAAGGCAGCAGAAAUAGAUGAAGAGAAUGUGGAGGAGGAUGGGCUGUCUCUGGACAUCCCGGAAAGCGACUACGUGUGCAAUGAGGACCCCGAGAUCAAGGAAGCUCAGAGCUACCAGAACUCCCCUGUCAGCUCCGCAACAAACCAGGACGCUGGCUACGGGUCGCCCUUCAGCGAGAACAGCGACCAGCUCGUCCACUUCAAAAGCUCUUCCUCCAGAGAGGAGAAGGAGGACCCACAGGGCCCGGACAGCGUCUCCUACCCCCAGGACAGCUUGGCCCAAAUCAAGGCUGUGUAUGCAAACUUGUUCUCCGAGUCCUGCUGGUCCAGCCUGGCUCUGGAUUUGAAGAAGACGGGUUCGACCCCCAGCAACAACGAUGCGGGCCAGAAGGAGGGCUCCACCCCUGCCCCCACACCCCCCGCCUGCACGGCGGGCGCCACGGGCACCACGGCCAGCACCCCCAGCUCGGGCUCGGGCUCCGGCAGUGGUGGCAGCGGCGGCAGCGGCGGCUCGGGGUACGACUGGCAUCAGGCUGCGCUGGCCAAGACGCUGCAGCAGACGUCCUCGUACGGGCUGCUCCCCGAGCCCAGCCUCUUCAGCACCGUGCAGCUGUACAGACAGAACAACAAGCUGUACGGCUCGGUGUUCACGGGUGCCAGCAAGUUCCGCUGCAAGGACUGCAGCGCCGCAUACGACACGCUGGUGGAGCUGACUGUGCACAUGAACGAGACGGGGCACUACCGCGAUGACAACAGGGACAAGGACUCUGAGAAGACCAAGCGGUGGUCCAAGCCCAGGAAGCGCUCGCUGAUGGAGAUGGAAGGCAAGGAGGACGCCCAGAAGGUACUCAAGUGCAUGUACUGUGGCCACUCCUUCGAGUCCCUGCAGGACCUGAGCGUCCACAUGAUCAAGACAAAGCAUUACCAGAAAGUGCCUCUGAAGGAGCCGGUGCCAGCCAUCACCAAGCUGGUCCCUUCCACCAAGAAGCGCGCCCUGCAGGACCUGGCAUCCCCGUGUUCGCCGGAACCUGCGGGGCUUGGUGCCGACGCCGUGCUCAGUGAGGUGGCCAAGGACCAGAAGACUGGCAACCCCUACGUGACGCCCAACAACCGUUACGGCUACCAGAACGGUGCCAGCUACACCUGGCAGUUCGAGGCCCGCAAGGCGCAGAUCCUCAAGUGCAUGGAGUGUGGGAGCUCGCACGACACGCUGCAACAGCUCACCGCCCACAUGAUGGUCACCGGCCACUUCCUCAAGGUCACCACCUCGGCCUCCAAGAAGGGCAAGCAGCUGGUGCUGGACCCGGUGGUGGAAGAGAAGAUCCAGUCCAUACCCCUGCCCCCCACCACGCACACCCGGCUGCCCGCCGCCCACAUCAAGAAGCAGCCCGACUCCCCUGCGGGCACCAUGCCCUCCGAGGACAAGAAGGAGCCCGAGAAGGACAAGGCGCCAGCGGUGGGUGAGGCAGACAAGAAGGUCAAGGAGGAGAGCGAGGACACCCCCGAGAAGUUCGAGCCCACUGCCCUGUAUCAGUACCUCCGCGAGGAGGACCUGGACGAUAGCCCCAAGGGUGGGGUGGACAUCCUCAAGUCCCUGGAGAACACGGUCUCCACGGCCAUCAGCAAAGCGCAGAAUGGUGCGCCCUCGUGGGGCGGCUACCCCAGCAUCCAUGCGGCCUACCAGCUGCCUGGCGCCGUGAAGCCGCUGCCCGCCGUGCAGAGUGUGCAGGUGCAGCCCUCCUAUGCCGGCGGCGUGAAGUCGCUGGCCCCGGAGCACAGCGCGCUGCUGCACUCGCCGGGGAGCCUCACGCCGCCGCCGCACAAGAGCAACGUGUCCGCCAUGGAGGAGCUGGUGGAGAAGGUCACAGGCAAGGUCAGCGUGAAGAAGGAGGAGCGGCCCGCUGCCGACAGGGAGAAGGGCUCCCCGGCCAAGGCUGUGUCCCCCGUGGCCAAAGAGAAUAAAGACUUCCCCCGCGCAGAGGAUGGCAGCAGCGGCAAGGCCAUGCAGAAGAAGGGCCCGGAGGUGGAGGCGGGGAAGGCCAAAAAGGAGGGUGUGCUGGACACGCACACCCCAAACGGCACCGAGCCUCUGAAGGCCAAAGUCACCAAUGGCUGUAAUAACCUGGGGAUCAUCACGGACCACUCAGCGGAGCCCUCCUUUAUCAACCCGCUCAGCGCGCUGCAGUCCAUCAUGAACACGCACUUGGGCAAGGUGUCCAAGCCCGUGAGCCCAUCUCUGGACCCGCUGGCCAUGCUGUACAAGAUCAGCAACAGCAUGCUGGACAAGCCGGUCUACCCCGCCGCCCCCAUCAAGCAGGCGGACGCCAUCGACCGCUACUACUAUGACAACAGCGACCAGCCCAUCGACCUGACCAAGGCCAAAAGCAAGCCCCUGGUCUCCAGCGCGGCCGACCCCGUGGCGUCCCCUCUCCGGGAGAGCGCCCUCAUGGACAUCUCCGACAUGGUGAAGAACCUCACGGGCCGGCUGACCCCCAAGUCCUCCACGCCCUCCACCGUGUCCGAGAAGUCAGAUGCCGACGGCAGCAGCUUCGAGGAAGCACUGGACGAGCUGUCACCCGUGCACAAGAGGAAGGGACGCCAGUCCCACUGGAACCCCCAGCACCUGCUGCUCCUACAGGCGCAGUUUGCCUCGAGCCUGCGGGAGACGCCGGAGGGUAAGUACAUCAUGUCGGACCUGGGCCCGCAGGAGCGCGUGCACAUCUCCAAGUUUACCGGGCUGUCCAUGACCACCAUCAGCCACUGGCUGGCCAACGUGAAGUAUCAGCUGAGGAGGACAGGGGGUACCAAGUUCCUGAAGAACCUGGACACAGGGCAUCCUGUUUUCUUUUGCAACGAUUGUGCCUCUCAGUUCAGAACUGCUUCUACAUACAUAAAUCACCUAGAAACACACUUGGGCUUCAGCUUGAAGGAUCUCUCCAAGCUGCCACUAAAUCAGAUUCAAGAACAGCAGAAUGUUUCAAAAGUCCUGGCAAACAAAGCCCUGGGCCCGGUCGGGGCUGCCGACGACGAAGGGGGCUCUACAUUCCAAUGCAAGCUUUGCAACCGGACUUUCGCAAGCAAGCACGCAGUCAAACUGCACCUUAGUAAGACCCACGGCAAGUCCCCUGAGGACCACCUGAUCUAUGUGACAGAGCUGGAGAAACAGUAGCGUCCAGAAGCGCGAGGGACCGCGGCACAUUGCACUACACGUUGUCUUUGGACUGCACUAGGCCUGGGCUGAGCCUCCGAAAUCAGCCUUCCCUUUGUUGCCGAGCUGGCUGUCUGGACCUUGGUUUUUUUCUUACACAUAUUUUGUAGUUAUAUUUAUAUGCUCUUUGUCCGAUUGUGCAUGUUAUUUUUCUUUUUCUGUGAGUCAAAGUCUGACCUUUAUUUUCAACAUUUGUUCUUGAUGUUAAGCUAUCUUUUGUAGGAAAUAGUGGGCACACUACUCAGAGACAUGCAUUUAGCAGAGAAGAAAGACACAAAUAACAAUGAUAAGAAGACAUCCUAAAAUUACAAAGUUGCCAUGACAAUAAAGGUCAUAGAACCUGGUAGUGUCAAAUUUAACCCUUUGAGGACUGCAAUUGCAUUUCUGUGCCUUUCACUAAAAAAAAAAAAAAAAGAAAGAUAAAAAGGCUUAAAGGCAUUUCAUUCAGAUCAAAAGCUGUGUCAGACACAAAACUUAUUUAAUAAUUAAAAAAAUGAGUUUUUAUAUGCAGAACUGGUUUGUGAAGGAAACAUGCAUGCAGCUGUCGGAAGAUAGAAAGUUGUCUAGGAGUCGUGGGGUUAGGAAGCCACAGCUUUACACAUUGAAAAUGAAACAAAACAAAAAAAACACAAAAAAACCCACCACCACCACCACCACCACCACCACCACCACCAAACACCCCAGUUGCCACUAUGCCCAAACCCUCUGGAUGCUGAAAAAAAAAAUGCCACUUUCGGCAAAAAAAAGUAUGCAAGCUAUUAUUUAAAAAUGUGUAAAAAUGCUAUUUCUUUUUUUCCUGUAAAAUACUGCGGUUUAUAGUUAUUUACAAAUGUAAGCUUUGGUAUAAGCUGACCUUUCUAUAGCGUGCUGCAUUGGUAAAUGAAAAAAACAUGGGGCAAACGUUGGAGUCCUUUCCUUGUAAAUUGCCAGCAUCAGCUUAAAAACUCUAUGUUACAUAUCGUACCAUUUUAAUCUAUUCAACUUUCUUUGUACCUUCUGGCUGUAUGCUUUCUCUUUUAACUUUUUAUAUUGUCAUUUUAUAUUAAAUUUCUGUGUAUAUAAUGUAAAACCACAAUUUUUGAAUAAAAUUUAGUUCCCGCAGCUUGAUUUAAAUAGAGAAGUUUUACUGGUACCUGCAUCUUUCCAGAUGCAUGUAUAUCAGACAAAAGUACAUAAAUGGAAACAAAGCAAGCAAUGCACUAUUAAUUAUACAUUUUGAUGUUCUAUCAUUAAUAUUGUACAGUACAUUUUGGUUCACACAAUUAAAUCCACUGUUUCCUCAAAUGUAAAAUAAAACCACAAGCAGUUCUUGAUUUA